GGUAAGGAAAUUAGAAGAUAGAUUUAGAACAUGUUACUGUAUGUGAUUAAAAACAUGAGAAGAAGAAAGAAAAUGUUAGGUGAUGUAUAGCAUUUUUAGGUAAUUAAUUAAAGUGAAUAAUAAUAAGUUUGAAAAGAAAAAAGAAAAAAAGAAAGUGUGUUGGAAAGAAGUGAUAUUUCUGCGAAGCUUCGCAUGGUGUGACUUCCCACUUGCCGGCCAUUCAACGCUCGCUCGCUCGCUCGCUCGCCAAAUACUAUCUUCUUUCCCAUCAUUUCAUUUUCUUUUCUUUCUCCUAAAUCACAUAUUCAGAUUCAUUCGUUCGUUCCUUCCUUCCUUCCUUCCAGAUAUUAUUAUUACCUAUCAUCACACACCGAUACAUCUGCUGCUGCUGCUGCUGCUAGAUUCAUUCAUUUAUUCAUACACACCACUACCACCACCACCACCACCACCUGCUUCUUAUGCUGUGGGCUCCACUUCUCUUGUAUUGCUAAACACAACACAACACAAAAAUCAUUCACUUUUGGCUGUAAGCUUAAUUUCACAGCUAGAUUUAAUUUCAUUUGAUCUGAUCUGAUCUGUGAAUUUUGAAGCUGCUUCCUUCCUUAUUGUUGUUGUUCAAGUUAGUUAGUUAGUUAGGAGUUCCAGCAGCAGGCAGAUGGGUUCUGUAUCUGCAGAAGACAAGAUGGACACUGAUUUCGAUGAAGAGACACCUUUCAGUUCUACUUCUUCUUCUACUUCAGCUCCAUCUAAACAACAACCACACACUUUUCAUUUCGAUUCUUCUUCUUCUUCAGUUACUUUGCCUAAAUCAUCAUCAUCAUCUUCUACUACUUCUUUCUUCAAUCAUUCUCGGACAAGACGAAUCAGCAGGAGUAUUUAUCUUGUCUUAAUCAAAGCUAAGAUCAACAUCUUGCUACCAUUUGGUCCCUUGGCCAUCUUCCUACAUUAUUUCACCGGAAAACAUGUUUGGGUUUUUUUCUUCGCUUUAUUGGGUAUUGCUCCUUUGGCUGAACGCCUUGGUUAUGCUACAGAACAGCUUGCGUUUUACACGGGACCAACAGUUGGGGGUUUGCUUAAUGCCACGUUUGGAAAUGCAACUGAAAUGAUUAUAUCUAUUUACGCCUUGAAAAGCGAUAUGAUUAGAGUCGUUCAGCAAUCUUUACUUGGUUCAAUCUUGUCAAAUAUGCUUCUUGUUCUUGGUUGUGCAUUCUUUACUGGUGGGAUUGUUCACUACAAAAAAGUUCAGGUUUUCAAUAAGGCAGCUGCUGUGGUUAAUUCAGGGUUGCUCUUGAUGGCUGUAAUGGGAAUAUUAUUUCCUGCUGUGCUUCACUUUACUCACUCAGAGGUUCAUCUUGGGAAGUCCGUCUUAUCUCUAUCCAGAUUUAGCAGCUGCAUAAUGCUAGUGGCCUAUGCAAGCUACCUUUUCUUUCAACUUAGAAGUCAACAAAAUUUUUAUAGUCCAGUUGACCAGGAAGUAGAUACAUGUGAAAACUCUGACGAGGAGGAAGAACUUGAGUUAACUAAAUGGGAGGCGAUAAUCUGGCUUGGUAUUUUGACAGUAUGGGUUUCAGUAUUGUCUGGAUACCUUGUGGAUGCCAUAGAGGGAGCAUCUGAAUCAUUGAAUAUGUCAGUGGCUUUUAUUAGUGUCAUCUUGCUUCCAAUAGUAGGAAAUGCUGCAGAGCAUGCAAGUGCUAUCAUGUUUGCCGUAAAGGACAAGCUAGAUAUCACAAUUGGAGUUGCUAUUGGAUCAUCAACCCAAAUAUCGAUGUUUGUGAUCCCCUUCUGUGUGGUUGUUGGAUGGUGCAUGGGAAAAGAUAUGGACUUGAAUUUUCAACUCUUUGAGACUGCCACACUUUUUAUCACUGUGCUGGUAGUUGCAUUUAUGAUGCAGGAAGGGACGUCAAACUAUUUUAAAGGCUUGAUGCUUAUUCUAUGCUAUCUUAUAGUUGCUGCCAGUUUUUUCGUACACGUAGACCCUAAGAGUGGUGAUGACUAAAUAUAGUGCUGGCCUGACAGUGGCAGCUGUCGAUGUUGCCUUUGUAUACUCGGAAAGGUAGUACUAGUAAGCAGUGUGUUUGAAAGAUUUCCCCAAAAAAGAAUCUUCAUCCUGCUUUCAGCAAUGGCAUGGAAAACCAUCAAGUAAUCAGGGGAAAUGCAUUGCACUGUACUGGAAAUUUUUAGCGUUGUACUAUAUUGAAUUUUGAAUGGAUGAUUUAAUAUGUAUUAUUUUGAUCUCCAUAGUUUUCAUUCAUUUUACCGUAAAA